UGCUUACGUAAGAGAGCUCGAGGAGGGGAGGGGAUUGUAGCUUAAUUUUUCCUGGAAUUGUGAAUUAGCCGCUGCGGUCUCUCACGACCAAAUCCAUUGUUCAAAAGAAAGGAGCGGUGGUGUAAACCAGUUGAUGGAUCGAUAUGUUAAAGUAAGCAAAUAUUAUAAAGACAAUUAAUUGGAGAAGGUCCUCAAAGUGUCAGCUAAGUGGAUACAACUUCAACACAAAGAAGCCAUUCCAUCCAAGGAAACUGCCUGUGGCCCCUAGAUGGAUUUUGAGCAGCCCCCUCCAUAUCCGGGUCCUGGCCCCUCUGCCCCGGGAUAUCCGGCUCCGGGGUACCCCGCCCAAGCACCACCUCCUCCGGGGUACCCUGCCCAAGGACCACCUGCUCCGGGGUACCCCGCCCAAGGACCACCUCCUCCGGGGUACCCUGCCCAAGGACCACCUCCUCCGGGGUACCCCACCCAAGGACCACCUCCUCCGGGGUACCCCGCCCAAGGGUAUCAAUCCCUGGGAGACCCCGCCUACACAAAGCAGCCCAACCCCGCCUACCCCAACUUCCACCCGGGGGCUGGCGACCCCUACGCCCCCCAGCCGGGAUACCAGGGGUACGCCGCGGCCCCCCACCCUCAGUACGGAUGGCAGAAUGCCCCCCCAGGGGCACCGGUGUAUGCAGAAUCCCCCAAAAACACAGUGCACUUGGUGGAAGACGGAAGAAGAGGAGGUUCGGGGGAGAGCUGCUAUCUCGCGGGCUGCUUGGCAUUCCUGUGCUGCUGCAGCCUGUUCCCACUGUGACCUCUCUGUGACCUCCUGACCUCUGACCCGCAUUGGUCAUCUGCAGGCCCAUGAUAUUUAGGAAUGGACAAAUAUUCAGUAUUAUACUUUUUAUUUUUUUAAUAUUGAUUUCAACCCCCCCCCCUCCCCCUUGUGAUGAGAUGGGAAUGUUGUUACAGCUAAAAAAAAGUUAUUUCUCAACCAGUGGACAUAAAAACUACUCUGCUUUGACCAGACACAUCAAGUAAAAAAAAUAUACAUUCAUUUAUUUGUAUUUGUUUUGGAGUCAUUGUCAAAUGUUGUUAGAUUUAAAUGUUCUUCAGCGGAGAAAUUUUUGGUUCAAUGUUUGAGUAAUUUCAAGUUCUGCUGGCACUGUGGGUGUACCAGGUGCUUUUAACUUAAAUAUUUUAACUUGAACUCUGAAUUGAAUAAAUUAUGUGUAAUAUUACACUAGUUGUUUUUUUGGGGGGGGGCAUUGACAAUUUUGGCAUUUUUCAUAUUAGAGACAUUAGCAGGGGUUCUCAUACAAUAUUUGAAAUCUGCUUUAAUCUCUUUUUUAUAUUUACAUUCCUACAAAAGGAAAGAUGAUUUAAAAAAAAUGAUAUCUUAUGUAAUUUUGCAUGAAGAUUAUGGAAGAAAAUAAACUUUUCAAAAGAGG